AUGGAGGUUAAAGAUCAUUUCAAUGUGGGAAUCCAUUCAUUUGUUUUGUCAUGUUUGAAGGCAUAUAAUGAACACCACCAUCUUACCAUCAGACCAGACGAUAUAUGGAUGUGUAUUGUAUCGCAGUUUUCCCUGUAUGCUAAUAAAUAUUCAGAUAAAAUUAAACACAAGUUUGUUGACUCAUUAUUACAAGAAAAAAAAGAACUAGAUAUUAGUGUAGAAAAUCCAAUAUUGAAAGCACCAUUUGACCAAUUAAUUUUAUUAUUUAUUGAUAAAAUAAAAGAAAAUAUUAAAGAUCCAUCUUUUGUGGAUUGGAUGAUCCCCAAAUUUUCAACAACAACCCAUAAUGAUACACUUGCUUUUACAGCAGCAUUAAUGUCAUCUAUUACAAAGUAUUUUAAUUUUUCAUUUAGUACUUAUUGUGGACUUCCAAAGGUAACACUGCAUGGAACGGUGGAGGAUUGGGUAGAUAUUAAAAAUAGAAUUGAAAGGUUAAAAGAGUUUAAUAUCAGCGAGCCCGAACCAGAUGACCAAAAAGAAACCAAUUAUAUGAAUAGAUGGAUAGAAUUACUCCACCCAAUCAUUGAUCAAUUUAUUGCAACUUCAUCAGGUAAUCCAGAUAAAGAAUGGUGGAACAAAAUUAUAAAUUUACAUCAACAGUCAGGAGGUGAUAUUAUAACAGGUUGGGUGGGUUCAUUUUGUGUGUUUGGUAAAGAGGGUCAAUGGAAUGCUAGUAGUCAUAUUAUGUCUAGCACCCAAUAUCCAGAACCACGUGUAUGUAUUUCAGAUAUUCCAUACGGAUAUACUUGCACACCAAUUGUUUUAAAAGAUGGUGAUGGAGUACAGUACAACUCUGAACUCUAUUCUGGCCAUAUAACAACAAAAAUAUUAAAUGAAGGUACAAAUUUAGAACCCUCAAUUGAUUGGAUGCUUUAUAUAAAAAAUAAUAAAAAAAUAAAAAAAAAUAUAAAAAAUACAAAAAAUAAAAAAUACAAAAAAUAA